CAUCCAUGAUCAGAGGGAAUCAUGGAUUGGCUGCCUCCUGCACACCCCACACUGGGGAUCAAGCCCGCAACCCGGGCGUGUGCCCUGACCAGGAAUCGAACCCUGACCUCCUGGUUCAUAGGUUGAUGCUCAACCACUGAGCCACGCUGGCUGGGCUCAGUGGACUUUUAAUAUAUUUUUUUUAAAUUUAGUUGUUAAAUCCUCACUUGAGGAUAUUUUUCCCAUUGAUUUUUAGAGGGAGGGGAAGAGAGAGGGAAAGACAGAGAGAAAUAUCGAUGUGAGAGAAACACAUCGAUGGGUUGCCUCCUGCAGGCGCCCGGACCGGGGCCCGGGCCGGGGAGGAGCCUGCAACCGAGGUACGUGCCCUGGACCGGAAUCGAACCCGGGACCUUUCGGUCCGCAGGCCGAUGUUCAACUACCGAGCCAUGCCAGCUGGGCUCAGUGGACGUCUUAGAAGACGUUAGUUCUGGCUACUGGGCCGAGGCUGAGAUUCUGUGCCCACGUGUGAUUGCACAGUGAUGCCACCCCUGAGCCCACAGCCCCAGCCUCAGGCCCUGCCCCCUGCUGCCUCCCUGCCUCCCCUCGGGCCUCGUCCUCGUGUGAGACGGCAGCCUGGUCUCCAAGGGCUGCCCCACCCCCAGCAGAUCUCAGGGGGUUUCCAGUGGGCAGGCGGGGGAGGGGAGCUGAGGGGUGGGUGCCCCCCUGUCUGCUCUCGGUCCCUCCCCAGCUCCACCGUCGAGGCCCUGAAGACCCUGAUGUGGAGCACGGGGUACGGGGACUACGUGUCGUAUGUGCAGACCCAGGAGGGCUGGGAGCUGCUCACCAGCCCCGAGAGGCACUACGAGGGCGUCGCCGUGCUGGCCAGGGCCAUGGCGACCAGGGACUGUUGGCACAACUGCCCGGUGUUCAGCCUCAUCAUCCAGAUGCUCCGCGAGCAGGAGUACAGGGACCACCUCACGGCCUUCGUGCUCCUGGCGGAGCUGCUCCGGUGCCGGGAGGUGGUGGCCUCCGUGGACGACGCCACCACCCGCGUCCUGGCCGGCUGGUUCCAGUGCGAGGAGCCGGCCACGGUAAAGCUCCUGCUGCGGGUGGCUGAGACCUUCGCGCUGCACGGAAACAUGGUGAGGCGGCGGGCGGCUCCCUCCGGCCGCCGCCCAGUCGGUGCCAGGAUGAGAACCAGGCAGCUGGGCCUCCUGCAGCCCUACGUGCUCAACUGCUGCCACUCGGAGGACGGCGAGGUCGUCACCCAGGCCUUCCUGGUGCUGGGGUGCCUGGUGGAGCACCUCACCUGGCAGAAGCUCCCCUCCUUCCUGGUGCAGCUGGCCUUCACGCUCGGGCCCUUCUUUGAGGCGGAGUCGGAGCCCCUGCGCCUGAAGGCCUUUGAGAUCUACGGGAUGGUCCUAGCCAAGGUCAAGAGGUCAUUCCUCGCGUCCCCCCUGAAGCACCAGGUGCUCAGCUCACUGGUCCUCCUGGUGGUGCACCUGGCGGACAGGGACGCCCGCGUGGCCCAGGUGAGCGCCAGGCCGGUUCCGCAGGGACUGGGAGCGGGGAGCGCUCGGGAAGGGGCUUCCAUUCCCAUCACGGGCACAGCCCUGCUCCCUGCUCUGGCCGCCCUCCACCAGGUCUGCCGGCUCGCCCUCUGCCGCACGGCCUCCAUCCUGGGCUGGUGGCGGCUCCGCGCCGUGUUUGCAGACAGGGACCUGUGGACGAUCCUCAGAGCCCUGGUGAGCGGCGGCCCCCGGGGCGGGGACCCAGGCCGGGUGGUCUCUCUGCCACGCCGGGUCCGCCCUGACCCGGAGCCUGUCCCCCAGCUGGAGCGGGAGGCCGGCCGCGGCCUGUGGCUGCUGACGCAGAGCCUGUCCCUGCUCCGGAGCCCGCAGGCCCCCGUCCGCCAGGCCGCCGUGUGGUUCACAGGCCAGGUCAUCCAGAGCCUGGAGGUGGCCCCGGCCGCUGACAUCGAGGAGGCCUGCACAGCCCUGAGGUCCAUGAGCGAAGACGCCGACCCCUCGGUCAGCUGCCUCGCCACGCAGACCCUGCACGUCCUGGAAGCCAGCAAGAGCCGGCCGGCCCGAACCCGGACCUCCUGGCUCUGCUGCCGGCGGAGAUGCUGAGGGAGCCACUCCGGACGGACAGACGGACGGACGCCGCGCCCUCGGGUGGCGGCCCAGAGCGGGCGGCUCCUGAGCCCUGGGCUGGAGGUGGAGGCCUGACCUGCGCCACCUUCGCAAUAAAAGGAGGAACUUCUGCCCUGGCCGGUGUGGCUCAGUGGAUAGAGCGCCGGCCCAAAGGACUGAAGGGUCCCGGGUUCGAUUCUGGUCAAGGGCACGGACCUGGGUGGCAGGCUU